CGUCACGGGUAUAGUGUCAUGUUAGCAGGAUAGCUGGCAAGUUGACUACCCUUGGCUGGGGACACUGAGGAGUAGGUAACCGGUAUGUCAUUCAUCUGAUCUGUUAUUAAAGUAGGCAUAUUUUGGUGUGUUACAGUGAACAACGGUAAAACAAGGGUAGCUGGCUAUAAUGUUAUAUAGCUAGGCAGCCGGUUGACUACCUAGCCGGCCUUCAAAUGGAACAUAGCUAACGUCAGUUAGCAUACGACAGUGAAGUGAGCUCACUAGCUAUUGAUUUCAUUCAUAUCAUGUACAGUAAAAUUAACUACAUUGGUUCAGUGAGCUGACGGUUUUCGUCAGUGUAACUGCAUAGAUAGUUAAAUGUGUAGUUUCAUUCGUUCUUUUGUGCCUCUCCCACUGUAGUUAGAAUUGUAGGACGCGAGCAUUAUAGUGAGCUCGCCGUAUUGGGCAACUGAAACAGGCAUUGCCUGUGACAUCUUCUUUUGGAUUUCCGCAUGGUCUUGUCAGCUAUUGGUUUUCUUUUCCCCCAAGGUUUCAGCUAGCACACUUAGCUGGCUAGUUAACAAAGUCAUCCUGGAUACCACAAUUUAAAUUUCUUGAAAUGUUAUGUGUAAAAUUUAUUCUCUUAAGUCGUUUUAAAUAAUUACAUUUCAUAAUGGUAAAUCCCAUAAAUACUGUGUAUGAAGUAGCUAAACCAUACCAUACUGGGUGCAAGCGCAAGUAUCCUGUGGCCCCGCAGUGUCUUGUAUUCUUCAAUGAGGUACAGAGGGGACUGGGUAAUAUCACGGAGCUAUGGCACAAGCAGCUAUCUUGUUCAGCUCCCGUGCAAGCUUAGGGCAGAAGGUCUUGCAAGCAGAGGCUACUGCACUCAGCAUCAAAGUCCAAAAGAUGAACCUGGUAAAUCUGGGCCGACGCACCAACAGCGUGCAAUAGCCGCCUUUCAGAACCUUACUGAGCUUGGAAAGCAGUGGGGACAGAGUGCAGUCAAAACUGCCUCAGUCACAACCAACUACUGGUGGGAAAAGUAUGAAGAGUUUGUGGGUCUAAACGAAGUGAGGGAUGCGCAGAUGAAGGUCACUGAGGCGGAGAAGGCCUUCAUGGUAGCAAGGGGGAUGGUUCGUGAGGCCCAUGGGAGCUUGGAGGCUCUCCAGGGGCGGCUAAAAGAGGUGAGAGACCGGCUGGACCGGGUGUCUCGUGAGGAGGCUCACUACCUGGAGUUGGCCACACUGGAACACAAGCUGCUGCAGGAGGAGCGACGUCUGCGGACAGCUUAUGAAAAUGCAGAGGGGGCUGAGCGGGAGAGGUUUUCGAUGUUUUCAGCUGCUGUGCGUGAGAGCCAUGAGAAAGAAAGGACCAGGGCAGAGCGCACCAAGAACUGGUCUGUCAUUGGCUCUGUGCUUGGGGCAUUGAUCGGGGUCAUGGGGUCCACCUACGUCAACAGAGUACGCCUUCAGGAACUGAAGAGCCUGCUACAGGAGGCUCAGAAGGGACCAGUGAGUCUGCAGGAAGCCAUCAAAGUGCAGGCCAGCUUGCAUAGGUCUCAGCAGCAGGAGCUGAAAGACAUUAUUGACACCCUGAGGGGGGCUCUGCAGGAUAAGAGGACAGAGGAGGACAGAGCAGCCAAGGCACUGCCAGUCCCAGCCCCUGCCACUAUCUCCCAGAGCCCCCCUCCCAGUGCCUUUGACUCAGCCCUGAGGGAGCUGAUGCUGUCCACCCAGAAAGCCCACACUCUCGUGGAGGGCCUCCAGCCUCAGAUGGCUCAUCUGGAACAGAGUAUGUGCAAAGUGGAAUCUGAACUUCAGGCAGUCAGGGUAUCGAUUGAUACGCACCACAGCAUGGAGAAGCCAGUUGUCAGCACCCAGGAUUCACAGGUGUUAGUAUGUGACACAGAGGGUGUCAUGCAUGGGCUGGCCCAGACUGAGAAGAGGCUUGAGGCCCAGAUUAACAAGACUACUUUGUACAGCACAGUUUUGACAUACACUGCCUUUGCGAUUACUGUACCACUGCUGUAUGUAAUAUUCAAAGGCAGUUGAAAAUUAUAUUGAGUGUCGAUGUAAGGGUACAAUUGUAUGAAAACAUCAGAGAUCCAGAUUAUUCAUUAUCUGCUGUAAUUGUUUUACU